AUGGAAAAAACCAAUUGGACCACCCCUUUGACAGAGUUCAUUCUUCUGGGACUGUCUGGUUACCCAAGACUGGAGAAGAUUUUCUUUGUUCUGGUGCUGCUGAUGUACCUGGUGAUCCUACUGGGGAAUGGGGUUCUCAUCUUGGUGACCAUCAUGGACUCCCACCUGCACACUCCCAUGUAUUUUUUCCUGGGGAAUCUCUCCUUCCUGGAUAUCUGCUACACAACUGCCUCUGUCCCUCUGGUCCUGGACAACUUCCUGACACCCCAGGAAACAAUCUCGUUUGCAGCCUGUGCAUUGCAGAUGACACUUUCCUUCGCCACAGCAGGAACAGAGUGUCUGCUUCUGGGCAUGAUGGCAUUUGACCGCUAUGUGGCCAUCUGUAGCCCCCUUAGGUAUCCCAUGAUCAUGAGCAGGACUACCUAUGUGCCUAUGGCUGCCAGCUCCUGGGCUAUUGGUAGCGCUGCUUCUCUGGUACACACAUCCCUGACAAUUCAGUUGCCCUUUUGUGGUAACAACGUUAUCAAGCACUUAACCUGUGAGAUUUUGGCGGUCUUGAAAUUGGCCUGUGCUGACAUUUCCAUCAAUGUAAUCAGCAUGGGAGUUACAAAUGUGAUCUUCCUGGCAGGCCCAGUUCUGUUCAUCUCUGUCUCCUAUAUGUUCAUCAUUGCAACUAUCAUAAGGAUACCUUCAGCAGAAGGGAAGAGAAAGGCCUUCUCUACCUGUUCUUCUCACCUUACUGUGGUGGUCAUUUUUUAUGGUACUUUGCUUUUCAUGUAUGUGAAGCCCAAAUCUAAAGAUUCACUGGGGGUAGAAAAACAGAACCUUUCAGAUAAGCUCAUACCCCUCUUCUAUGGGGUGGUGGCCCCGAUGCUCAAUCCCAUCAUCUAUAGUCUGAGAAACAAGGAUGUGACAGCUGCUGUGAAGAACCUGGUAGCUCAGAAGCACUUCAACUGUGAUUUUGGAUGA